UCAGAGAACAACAAUCGUCUUUCCACCACCCAUGGCCAGAGUACAGAGGCUCCUGCCUACUGCCUACACCCAGGGAGGAAGAGAGAGAGGGAGGGAGUUGUGACUUUCACCUGCUGGAGACACCAGCCUGUCUCUGCUCUGCUCUCUGCCUUCAGCUACACAACCUGCUGUCAGCCUUGCACAGACAUAGAGCAAGAUCACAGCACUACUGGACCAGCUGCACUCAGGGCUCUCUUUGCUGCUUCCUCCAACACUCCAGCACUCUCUCAUUCUAACACACACACUCACACACUCACGCUUGCUGGCACACCCCCUCUCUAUCUGUGAAGGGAGAAGCUCUGCUCGUGUCGGUGUGAGAGGUGGGCUGUGUUUCUCUCUGGCGGCAUCAGUACUAGCAGUAGGACUGGUCCAGUGGAGGGCAGUCAACUCGCUCUCUCCAGACUCAAGGACAGCUCACGCUCCGGACUUGGGAAGCCCUCAACAAGCCUCUCUCCCUUUCUUUCUUUCUCUCUCUUUCUCUCCUCUCUCUCUCUGCCUCGUCGUGACGCAGUGUUUCUGACCUUCAUCCCCCUCGUGUGCACAGCGUGGGCCAGUGGGACAGCCAUGGAGGACACCCUCACCUGCAGCCCUGCCACCUUCUCCCAGGUGUUUGGACGUCAGGGACAGCUCAUGCAGGCUACGGUCCAGUCUCUGAACAGUCUGAAUGACCAGAUAGCCCACUUCAUGGUGACCAGGCCCAGCACUCUGUCCCGGGAAAACGAGGCCUUAAUGCCUGGAGAGAGAGAUACCUUGAAGAAGUCCAUGGCCCUGAUGAGGCACCUGCUCAUGGACGCACAGGGGAAAAUCCUUAAAAUGAUGGAAGACAACAAGCAGCUGGCUCAGAGGAUCGAUGGGGCCAUCCAGUCUGCCAGUCAGGAGGUGACCAACCUGCGCUCAGAACUGUCGGCCACCAGCCGUAGACUGGCAGAGCUGGGGGCCAGCAGCCCCCCCUCGCCCCUGGAGAACAACCACCAGCAUCACCAGCACAACCACCAUGAUCAUGACAGCCUCCGCUACCGGGAUCCUGCCGGUCGUCACAGGCAGAAGUCGGUGGUGAGCGAUAUCUGUUACCAGACAGAGAUCUCCAGCCUCAUGGACUUUGGCACCCCAGACUCCUCGCUCGACAAAGUGUUGCUGCGAGAGGAGGUGGCCCAGCUGCAGAAGGAGGUGCACCUGUUGAGGCAGAUGAAGGACAUGUUGAGUAAGGACUUGGAGGAGACCCAGGGCCAGGGCUGCUCCUCCCACCUCCUUUCUGCCACUGAGCUGCGUGUGCAGCUGGGAGACAAGGAGCAGGAGCUGGACCGUGCCAAGGAGGCUUUACAAGCUAUGAAGUCUGACCGUAAGCGUCUGAAGGUGGAGAAGGCAGACCUGGUGAACCAGAUGCAGCAGCUGUACACCACACUGGAGAGCCGGGAGGAGCAGCUCCGAGACUUCAUACGCAACUACGACCAGCACCGUAAGGAGAGUGAGGAUGCUGUGAAGGCCCUGGCUAAGGAGAAGGACCUGCUGGAGAGGGAGAAAUGGGAUCUGAGGAGGCAGACCAAAGAGGCCACAGAGCAGGCCUGCAUCCUGCGCUCUCACAUGGAUAUGAAGGAGAACCGCAUCAAAGAGCUCGAGGCUGAGCUCACUAUGGCGAAACAGUCCCUGGCCACGUUGACUAAGGAUGUGCCGAAGCGCCACUCCCUGGCCAUGCCCUCAGAGCCGGUGGUGAACGGCAGUCAGGAGUGGGCGAUGCAGGGAGACCUGCCCCUCACCGCUGCCAUCCGCCAGAGCCAACAGACCCUCUACCACGGACACACUGUGGACCGCCAGGCUGUGGUCAGGGUGAGUCCCUGUCACUCCCGCCAGCCCUCCAUUAUCUCGGACGCGUCGGCGGCUGACGGGGAUCGGUCGUCCACCCCAAGUGACAUCAACUCCCCCCGCCACCGGACCCACUCCCUCUGCAAUUCUAUGGAGGACCUGGAGGACCAGAAGCGUAAGACGAAGAAGAAGGAGAAGAUGAGUCUGGGCUCCCUGUCCCGGGUGUUUGCUCGGGGAAAGCAGCGCAAGUCAAUGGACCCAGGCCUGUUUGAUGACUCUGACAACCUCUCCAGCCUAUCAACACAACAACACAGCCUAUCAGACGGAGAGGAGCAGCUGGACCGCCUCCAGCAGAUGGAGCUCAUUCGGAACAUGCCCAUGUCACUGUGGAAGGCAGGGGCAGUACAAGCCUGGCUGGAGUUUGUCAUGGCAAUGUCCAUGUACAUUCGUGCUUGCUCGGAAAACAUCAAAAGUGGCAAGGUGCUGCUGGGGCUGACAGACGAGGACCUGGAGCUGGGACUGGGCAUCAGUAACCCCAUGCACCGCAGGAAGCUACGCCUCGCCAUCGAGGACUACAGGGAGGCAGAGGCUGGCCAGGGGCUAUCAAAGGCUGCUGACAUGGACCAUCAUUGGGUUUCCAAAUCUUGGUUGAGUGACGUCGGGUUGCCGCAGUAUUCCCAAGCCUUCCAAAGCCAACUGGUGGACGGCCGGGUGCUCAACUCCCUCAGCCGCCGAGACCUGGAGAGACUCCUGAACAUCACCACCCAGUCCCACCAAACCAGCCUGCUCCUGGCCAUCCAGCUCCUGCAACUGCUCAACUUCGACAAAGAGGUGCUGCAGGCUCGCCGAGCCCAGUGUGAGCACCAGCACCAGGACCCAGUGGUUUGGACUUGCCACAGAGUCAUAAAGUGGAUCAGAGACAUAGACCUAAAAGAGUAUGCUGACAGUCUUCAUGGCAGGGGAGUCCAUGGUGCUGUGCUGGCUCUGGACCCCUCAUUUGAUGCAGAUGCCAUGGCCAAGGCCCUGGGAAUCCCCAGCCACAAACAUAUGCUCCAUCGGCACAUGUAUGAAGAGAUGAAGGCUCUCGCCAUCCCUGCCAGGCAAAGUAGUGUGGAGCAGGAUUGUGAAGUGCUGGGAACGGGAGCCCCUCCACAAUCCCCUUCUGCUGUUAGCCGCUAUAACGAGGAGAUCGUGUCUAUGAGACGAAGGUCAGGCAAGAGUCCUCUGCGGUUUAACCCAAAGAUCGCCAUUGGACGGGGCCUUGGUUACCAUGGCAGCUGUGGAUCUCUGCCCAGAGAGGCACGGGUGCAGGCUGUGCCCAGGACAAAGGGAAGUCCCAUGCACACCUACAAGAGUGUUGAGAUCACCAAUGUCUAAACUGUGCCCUGUGGGGGAUACAGGUGGUUUACUCCAGGUGAAAAGUAUUCAAUAGCAACAGAAUUGCUGUUUUUUGACAAUCUAAAAUAAAUCAAAAUCUUCAUUUCUGGAAUUGACCAUUUUAUUUUCAAUUUCAGAGACAUUUUAUUUAUUGUUCUACAGUAAAUGACAAUAUAUCAGUGGACUUAAUUCCUUAUGUUUGAAUAGGGAAAACUAUAAACAUUUUGUAACAUUCAAAGCUCCAAAACUGGUGGCAUGUUUCGUUUCAAAGAAUGACCAUCACAGUUUUUCUUUAACAAGGCAUCUCUUGUAACAUAUAUUGAGGAACAUUAUGGUAAUAAUGUGUUGCUGCAUAUCAAAAGUCAAUGGAGGGUAAAAGUGGUCUGUUCCUGUUGCCAUGUGAGGAGGAUGAUCAUUCACUUUGGUCAGGGUCUCUGGAGGGAGGAGGUACGGUCCUUUGAUGUCCAUGCCCUGUUUCCUGUAUCUCACUGCCUGGUCUGGCCGGCCUCCCCAUGCAGAGUGAUUUUGGCCUGCCUGGGUUUCCUGGCUCAAAUCAGUUGCAGACUUCUGGAACUUGGAACCCUUUCUUCGGAACCCGCCAUUCCCUGGGUUCCGUGUAAGUUUAACAUUGCAUUCCAUAUUGUGAGAGAUAACUGGCCUUGGGUUAAGACAACAGCUGUCUGGAGAAUUA